AUGUGCUCCCUGGGGUUGUUCCCUCCGCCGCCGCCUAGGGGACAAAUCACCCUAUACGAGCACAAUAAUGAACUGGUGACAGGCAGUAGCUGUGAGAGGCCGCCUCCCGACUUCCGGGGCCAGUGGAUCAAUCUUCCUGUCCUAAACCUGACUAAGGAUCCCUUGAAGACCCCUGGAAGGCUGGACCAUGGCACAAGAACUGCCUUCAUCCACCACCGGGAGCAAGUGUGGAAGAGAUGCAUCAACAUUUGGCGUGAUGUAGGCCUUUUUGGGGUGCUGAAUGAAAUUGCAAAUUCAGAGGAGGAGGUGUUUGAGUGGGUGAAGACGGCAUCCAGCUGGGCCCUGGCACUCUGUCGAUGGGCCUCCUCCCUCCACGGGUCCCUGUUUCCCCAUCUGUCUCUUAGGAGCGAAGAUCUGAUUGCUGAAUUUGCUCAAGUCACAAACUGGUCCAGCUGCUGCUUGCGGGUCUUUGCAUGGCACCCCCACACCAACAAGUUCGCCGUGGCUCUGCUGGAUGACUCAGUCCGCGUGUAUAAUGCCAACAGCACUAUAGUCCCCUCCCUGAAGCACCGGCUGCAGCGCAAUGUGGCGGCCCUGGCCUGGAAGCCCCUCAGUGCCUCUGUCUUGGCUGUGGCCUGCCAGAGCUGCAUUCUCAUCUGGACUCUGGAUCCCACAUCCUUGUCUACCCGACCCUCUUCUGGCUGUGCCCAGGUGCUCUCUCACCCUGGGCACGCACCUGUUACCAGCUUGGCUUGGGCCCCUAGUGGGGGGCGGCUGCUCUCAGCUUCCCCCGUGGACGCUGCCAUCCUGGUAUGGGAUGUCUCAACAGAGACCUGUGUUCCCCUUCCCUGGUUUCGGGGAGGUGGGGUUACAAACUUGCUCUGGUCCCCAGAUGGCAGCAAAGUCUUGGCUACCACUCCUUCAGCUGUCUUUCGAGUCUGGGAGGCCCAGAUGUGGACUUGCGAGCGGUGGCCUACCCUCUCGGGGCGAUGCCAGACUGGCUGCUGGAGUCCCAGUGGAAACCGCCUGCUAUUCACUGUGUUGGGGGAACCGCUUAUUUACUCCUUGUCAUUCCCAGAACGUUGUGGCGAGGGAAAGGGCCAUGUUGGAGGCGCCAAGUCAGCUACAAUAGUGGCAGAUCUGUCUGAGACCACCGUACAGACGCCGGACGGCGAGGAGAGACUUGGGGGAGAGGCUCACUCCAUGGUCUGGGACCCAAGCGGGGAGCGGCUGGCUGUGCUCAUGAAAGGCAAUCCUCGGGUCCAGAAUGGGAAACCAGUCAUCCUCCUUUUUCGCACUCGAAACAGCCCCGUGUUUGAGCUACUUCCUUGUGGCAUUAUCCAGGGGGAGCCAGGAGCCCAGGCCCAGCUCAUCACUUUCCAUCCUUCCUUCAACAAAGGAGCUCUGCUCAGCGUGUGCUGGUCCACAGGUCGGAUCACCCACAUCCCUCUGUACUUUGUCAAUGCCCAGUUUCCACGCUUUAGCCCAGUGCUUGGCCGAACCCAAGAGCCCCCAGCCGGGGGUGGAGGCUCUAUUCAUGAUCUACCCCUGUUUACUGAGACAUCCCCAACCUCUGCCCCUUGGGACCAUCUCCCAGGGCCACCCCCUGCUCAUCCCCACUCCCCUCACUCCCACUUUCAGUAA